CAAUGUUUCCAAAUCUCUCUAGCAGCAAUCCAGGUGUUGGAUGUCCUGCAAAAUAACAUUUAACAGCCUGAUCCAAAAUAAUUAACCCUCUUGUGUUUUACAAAUCUUUCUAGGAGUAACCAUUAUUUUUGUAUGUAUACAGGGGAUGAAACCUUUUUCCUUCUCCAAUUUCAGGUUGAAGUGAUCCACGAUGCUGCUGCGAGUUGUCCUCUGUGAAACGGAUAUCAGACGCCUUUCCAUCGAAAACACCCCCCAGAGUGUUGAGGAACUGUGCGAGGUGUUGCGUGCAAACCUUUCCCUGAGAGGUGGAUUUAUUUUACAAUUUGAGGACCCUGCAUUCAAGGAUCAGCUGACCAACCUGACCGACAUCCGAGACCUUCCUGAGGAACGAGCAACAUUGAAAGUGUUGUUCACAGCUGAUGCAGCUCUCUCAGUUUCCACAUUGGAUACAGCCAGCCUUCCAUCUCUCAGUAGUGGGGAAUCUGACUCCCAGCAAUGGCCUGAUCCCUUCCCGAUUCCACAGUUCUCACAUGACGUUGAACUCACGCUGCAAGAAGCAAAUAGAAGACAUGCAAAAGAUGGAUCUGUGAUGGUGAUUCCUAAAGGUAUGAAAACCGAUAUCCUGGACACACUUGCAGACAGCAUGUCAAAGAUUAGUCCUUAUCCUGAGAGGCAACACUACGAGAAUGUUGCAAAGGCGCUUGUGGAGAAGCAUGCCAGUCUCAAAGAGCCAGGUUCUGGAAUGGGUUGGUACGGCUGGUUCCACAGCCUGAAGUUUAAGCUCGGAAACUAUCGGCAGAAGUUAAGUGCAGCUGGAUGCCCAGAGGUGAGAGUCAACAAAAGAAUAGGCGAAGAUGCCAAGGGAUCACGUGUGAAGAAGUCAAAGAAGGGCGAGGUCCACUACUGUCCAGAUCCCCCUGAAGGACUGAGUGCUGAAGACAUGGAAGGGAAGCGGAGGAUGAUUGAGGUGGAAAUGCUGAAAAAGGACCUGGAUCAUCAACGGAUAGAGGAGCUGAUGUCUGCCACAUUCUCCAAGCGCAGAAAGGAGAUCGUAGGGGAUCAACCUCUCAUCGGGGAUGUCAUGACCAGAUGGCCGGCCAUGUUCUGUGAGAGACAGAUUCGGGCGGAGUUCAAAAGAAUCGUAAGCACAGACCUUCUUGAGUCAUUCCUCAACGGACUUGAUGACCUGGUACCAAGACUGCUUGAAGUGUACGAAGCUGUGACCAAGUCGGGGAAGAAGCCUGCACUGAAAGCCAUUUUAGACUGUGUGAAGAAAGAUAACACAAACGAAAGGAGAAGGACUGCUGCUCUACUGGGUCUGCCACACUACCUAUCUGAAGACCCAUCCGACAUCAUUAGGAUGUGUGAUGCCCAUGGUGAGAGUCUGGCUGCAGCCAUGAAGGGGAUGCAACUUGGCCUACGAAGGUGACAACCAGGAUGCCUUUCCAGAGGUCUUCGAUGUGGCAGUUGUGGUUGAAGAAAACAUUGUGCUACACAACUUCAAGGAUGUGCCAUCCAGCUUCACCAUGCUUCUGGGGAUCAUCUACUGCAGUGGUU